GUCCAAACUAACAUCUGAAAGUUGAAUUAGUUUAGUUUGCUGCCAGCAACUGUAUAAAGAUAGAUAUUCAAACAAUCUUUUUAUAUGCUCAGGGAAAAAUUUCAUGAGACACGAUAACAAGAGUCCCUUAUGAACCAAAUUCCAGCCAUUCUAUAUAUGACGUAUUUUUUAUUUUUAGUAUGUGAUGUCAUUCUCUCGUGCCUAGCUGGAAGUCUUCGCUCCUGUUUGAAACAUCAAGGCGUUGUAUUUCCCGAAGACGUCACAGUUUACUAUCCGAUGAAUUUGGAGAGCAGCAGCACCCUGAGAUGCUUUACUUCGUUCAAUAUCUUUUCACUGCCUGUUGGGACUGAAGGUAUGGUCAGAAAUUUUGUUUCCUUCUGUAGUAACACCGGAUCAAUAAGAGAUGAUCCUUACUGGACCUCUUGGGAGAACAGUUUAGAACUGAUAGAGCUAUCCAGUAUAAAUAAAGUUAGUUUAGUUUGGGUUUCCUGCUGUAGUAACACUAGAUCAAUAAGAGAUAUUCUUACUGGACCUCUAUAGGAAGAACAGUUUAGAACCGAUAGAGCUAUCCAGUAUAAAUAAAGUUAGUUUAGUUUAGGUUUCCUCCUGUAGUAACACUGAAUCAAUAAGAGAUGAUCCGUACUGGACUUCUAGGAAGAAUUGUUUAGAACUGAUAGAGAUAUCCAAUAUAAAUAAUUUAGUUUAGUUUAGGUUUCCUCCUGUAGUAACACUGGAUCAAUAAGAGAUGAUUCUUAUUGGACCUCUAGGAAGAACUGUUUAGAACUGAUAGAGAUAUCCAAUAUAAAUAAUUUAGUUUAGUUUAGGUUUCCUCCUGUAGUAACACUGGAUCAAUAAGAGAUGAUCCUUACUGGACCUCUAGGAAGAACAGUUUAGAACUGAUAGAGCUAUCCAGUAUAAAUAAAGUUAGUUUAGUUUAGGUUUCCUCUUGUAGUAACACUGGAUCAAUAAGAGAUGAUCCUUACUGGACUUCUAGGAAGAACAGUUUAGAACUGAUAGAACUAUCCAGUAUAAAUAGAGUUAGUUUAGUUUAAGUUUCCUCCUAUAGUAACACUGGAUCAAUAAGAGAUGAUCCUUACUGGACCUCUAGGAAGAACAGUUUAGAACUGAUAGAACUAUCCACUAGUCACAACUUCACUGUCGAUAUUGACUCAUUCAUUUCUCUCUAUUCCAGGCGCCAUUCCUCGACUUUGGGAACUGCGGUUACGUCGUAGCAACGUAUCAUCUUUUGUCGAAGCCAUCACGAGCAGUACCAUCAUGCAAUUGGCGUUUCUAAUUCUCCCAGCGUCCGCUGCGACCCGACUUCUUGAAUACGUCAUGAACAGAGCCUCUUGUUCCAUAAAUUGCAUAUUGGGUCAUAACUUAGACCAGGACUUGCUGCUUGACGGCAGCCCCGUCGAGAAGUUCAUUCCCUUAGAAGACAGAGGUUAUGGUCUAAGCAUAACCAUUAUUGAAUCUAAAGAUUCGUUUCAACUGGCCGUCCUGGCGCCAAGUUCCCAAGACUAUGCGAUAAAGCCCGCGCAGCUUUGCGUGGAAUUUGCGCGACACACGCGUGUGCUCAGCGCGCGAUUGACAGAACGCGCGCGCGUCGUUCGCGCACGAGGACAGAAAAUUUUGAACAGUCGUCGAAAUAGUGUUUUUAUUGUGGAAGAGAACGACGGGUAAAUGCUUGUAUAAAUUAUAUAAAUAUGAUAAAAAUUUAUAAUUAAAACUAUAUCCCCAAUGAACUGUACAUACUGGAUUGUCCGAGUUUAAUAAUUAUUUUUGUAAUUGUUAUAGAUGUGCAAACGAGUUGUAACAAGGUUGUUGUGAAGUCGAUAUCAGGAUAUGUUCGCACUGCUUGUUCCCAGUUGUUGCGACAAGUCUGGAACAAGUUGUUAUCACCUUGUUACAAGGUUGAUGACGGUAACAGACUUGCUACAAGUUGUUCCAACAAGACUAAUACAGGCUGUUCGUAACAAGUUGCUACGAGCUCGUUGUCGUCGACGUGUUACGUGCAGACGAUAUCAGACUUGUUGGAACAACUUGUUGCGAGUCUGUUGGCCUCAUCAACCUUGUUACAAGGUGAUAACAACUUGUUCCAGACUUGUCAAC